CAGGUUGAAGCUUCCCAUCAAUAUCCUGUUACAUUUCAUUGCUGUGUGACAGAUGGCAGCAGAGGGGCAAUCUGACAGGAUGGCAUCUGACGUGGAAGCAUUGAUGAAGCAAAGGGCUGUCACUGAGUUCCUCCAUGGGGGAAAAAAUGGCCGUUGACAUUCAUUAGCAUUUGCUACAUGUUUAUAGAGACCAAACAGCAGGUGUUUGAACAGUGAUGUGGUAGGUAGUAUCAGUGAUGAGAACUGGUGUCACCUCUACGAGCCAGAGUCAGAGCAGCAGUCCAUGGAGCAGCGACGUGAAUUCCCCGUUGCAAAAAAAGUUCAAGGCGAGGAUUUGUACGUGGCUGGUUUGGGUGUGCAGUCCUCAACCACAUAAGCUAUGCCUGCCCGAGCACGUGACAGCUGACUGACUGACUGCACGGUGGGUGACGAAUCCGCGUCUUGGCCGCUUCCACUCCUACUGCCCUGAACAACGAUGGCUUCCGUUAUACUGCAGGAACAAGCGGUGAAAGCCAAGCCGCGCGGGGCUGCGUUAGCCUUUAUUUCACACGGAACGUUUCCAGGACUUCUGUUUGCUUACGGGCACGGCAGCACGACGAGAAGAGAACAGGUCCGUAACGGUAGCAGCCAAGGGCUGAGCGCAGCCCGGAGCCGCUCCCCGCGCGGCGCGGUCAGUGCGCGCCUGCGAGGCUCGGGGUGCGCGGCCGCUGCCCGGCGGUCCGGGAAUGGAGCGGCUGCCGGUGGACGCGGCGGCCUUGGAGGAGUACGCGGAGUACCGGCGGUAUAAACAACACAAAACAGACUACGAAGUGAUUCCCAAAGACCGUCCCAUCUGUGUGCCGUGCAGAGUGAGCCACUGUCCCUGCCAGUCCUACCACUACGUUCCUCUCAAUGGCACGCAGCCCAUCCGCUGUAGUUGCAAACACUUUGCUGAUCAGCACAGUGCAGCUCCUGGAUUUUCCUGCAACUCGUGUUCCACGUGUUCAGGAUUUCACAGCUGCUUUACCUGUGGGUGCGGUCAGCCGACAUACGCACAUGAAACAGUAGUGGAAACUAAACAAGAGCGGUUAGCCCAGGGAAGGCCAGUUGGGCAGGAUGUUCCCUAUGCUGCUAUGGGAGGACUGACUGGCUUCAGCUCACUGGCAGAAGGCUACAUGAGACUUGAUGACAGCGGAAUAGGGACUCCUUCUGCUGAGCUGUUAGAAUCCCCUGUAACCAGCAUGGAUCACCCAUUUCUAAAGGCAUUUCAGGGACCUUCUGGCUCUGCUCGGACCAUCUCGCAGCUAGCAGGUGGUUCCAGUGCCUCCGCGCAAGUUUCUCAUGAAAGGCAUUCAGAAGAAGAUGACAUGGCUUAUUUUGAGAAGCGUUAUCAGGAGCGGCUGAAAAAGGAGAAGGCUGCUAAAGGAAAAGAGAAAAGUCUGGUGCCAUCAAAGAAGCCAUGAGUUUAAUGAAUAAAUAUUAACUACAUGGUUAAUCAUUUGUUACUUGUUGAUUACAUGUUAAUUACACAUUAAUUGUUUAUUGAAGAAUACUUUGUCACUGUACCUAUUUGUUUACUUCUUUCUUCCCUUCUUUGUUCAGUUCUGUUCUUUUACCAAAAUUAAUUUUUAAUUAUCUUGUAAUGAAUUUGGUACUUUAAUCCAAGUGUUUAUAGUUGCUAGAAUUGUUAUAUAAGUAUAUAAAAUUAUAUAAGUAUGGAAAAUCAUAUUUAGAGAUUUACAGAACUGUUACUUAAGAUCUGAGAAAUAAGUGUGUUUUAAAGUACUACAUUGCAGCAGGGCAAAGGAAGUAUUGUACAUCCUGUUCUUAGACUUUUAUGAUACACUUUAUUUACAGAAUUGCUAGGACUCAUCUUGUUCAUGGAUUUGUACUCGGUAGUGUUUGUUUUAUUAACGCUAGCAUUUUAAUCAUUAAAUUGUUCAUUUUUCUUUCUGUUGGUUCCGUCUCUGUUGCAUAAAAUUCAGAUGUACCUUUUGUUUCUCACACUUCUCCAGGCUCUGUUCUUCCGAUGUAUAUUUGUUACAUCUGAAGUUCCAUGUGCUCACAACCCCAUUUCCACCCAUUCUUACUGGCUAGCUGAAGGGAUCCUGCUGUCUGCAUAGCAGUGACUGUCAGACUGAACUUUUGACAACAUAAAGUGGACAUGGAUAUGCUAUUUAUUGCACAUAAGUAAUUACAUAUCGCUUGAUAUAAAGGUCUUUAUCCAACAGGUUCUCUUUCAUCGUGUCUAAUGCAAGAGUCCCUCAGGACGGGAGAUGUCCAUUUGUUUUGUCUGUGCACAGCUGUGGCAGCAUGUAUUGUACUGAAGGUUGUGGCCAUUUGUGUGAAAACUUAAAAUUAGGUAACGCUGUGUGGUGCUUUAGGUCUGUUAAGUAGCACAGUGCUGAAUACCUGGCUGAGGCUGCAGGAUGGUUGGAAUUGGGAGGCAAAAAUUGUGCCUGAGUUAACUUUGUAGGCUUGCCUGAAAACAGAGAUGUAAGGUUGUUUGCCCUUAAGAGCUCUUGAACAUGACUCUUGGACUGAAGGUUUUCAGGUGGUAUCUGCUGAGACUUUAUAGCAAGAGCUGGCAGAAGCUUUAAAAGCUUUGAUUCUCAUCAGAGAACUGAAUGAGGUGCCUGUAUGUACCAUACUGGCAGAGGAAAUCAGGGGAGGUGGAAUGCAUUUGGGCAACUUCCUUUUCUUCAAACAGCAGCUGUGCAAAAGAAGGAAGGCUCCUGGAAGCGCGUGUGAGUCAUACAGUGACUGAUGGAGGUGGCUGGAUCUGAGUGCAAACAGAAUAAAGGCUUGUGACUGCUCUGCACGGCGACGUGUGCUGUGUUGCUGUUACCUUCGUUUAAAUGCAUUAUAUAUUGAAGUGUAUACUGAAUGUUUAAAACGGAUCUUUACCUUUAAAUUCUACACUGUUACAUAUGGUUUUAUCUUAAUAAAUAAAAAUGCUGAUUUGA